AUGGUAGAAAAGGAAAUGAAGAAACGUGAAUUAAGGUCUGGAGUAUCAGUGGGUCUUAAUAAAGGACAUACGGUAACUCCAAUUCCACUCACAAGCUCAGUGAGACCUAGUAGAAGAAAAGGACUUAAGACGAACCGUUCAGCUCUAGUUUCCGAAGUAAUUCGUGAAGUCUGCGGAUUUGCGCCCUACGAGAGAAACCUAAUUGAGCUCGUCAAAAUCGGAUCAGCUUCCACAAGUAAAAGGGCUUUUAAGUUCGCUAAGAGGCGUCUGGGAACCCAUAGACGUGCAAAAGCUAAAAUGAACGAAGUCGCAAAUAUCGUUGAACAACAACGUAAACGCCGAACUUAA